UGACACUCUUUUCUAUUCAAGGAAAACAACAUUAAGUUAUAAAGAAGGAUAAGAAACCAUGGGACAAGCACUGCAGCGUGCUGCCCAGUGGACCUCUGCAAAGGGAGGUUCAGGUGGGAAGCUCGAAUUUACAAAACUAAAUGAAGAUCUGCUCAAUGCGAUUAUGAACUGGGUUGAUGGUUUCGGUAGUAAAUAUCCUGAAGAAGCAAAACUUGUAUUCAAAUCACCCCUGACAUGGAUAACUACGCUUAGACCAGAUAAACUAUCUGGAGGUUUUACUGAAAAGGGAGAAGAAAUGGUAUCAACACAGACAAGUGAAAAAGAUGGAACUCCCAUGUUGACAUUGAAAAAAGUCAGCACUAAUGAAUACUCAGUGACUUCUAUGUCUCUUGAGUGUUGUGAGAGUGUACUAAGAAUGGCUGGAGACCAGAAGCUGAUGGAAGUUCGCAGUUGUCUAGAAGCUAACCGUGACCCUGCUACAAAAAUGCUUGGAGAUAGAUUUGCUACUGUAGAAGGCGAUGAUAAUUCUAUAUACAGGUUUAUUGAAGAGAUUACUAAAGAGAUUGAGCAAGUAGCCAAACAGGAAGGGUGGAGAAGGUGGUCACAGCGAGAUAGAAGAGAAGAAGUUGCAACUUAAACUUCAGCUUCAGAUCAA